UCGCGUGCGCCGUCUUCUCCUGCAUGGUGGAUAUUUUGCUCAGCUCUUCUUUCUUGGAUGAUAUGGGGGAUCAUUCCAAAAAGAAGCCCGGAAUCGCGAUGUGUGUGGGCUGUGGGAGUCAGAUCCACGACCAGUACAUACUGAGGGUCUCGCCGGACCUGGAGUGGCACGCCGCGUGUCUCAAGUGCGCCGAGUGCAGCCAGUACCUGGACGAGACCUGCACUUGCUUCGUCCGGGAUGGCAAGACCUACUGCAAACGAGACUAUGUAAGGUUAUUUGGGAUUAAAUGUGCAAAAUGUGACGGCGGCUUCUGCAGCAGCGACCUGGUGAUGAGAGCGCGGGACAACGUGUACCACAUGGAGUGCUUCCGGUGCUCGGUGUGCACGCGGCAUCUGCUGCCCGGCGACGAGUUCUCUCUGCGGGACGACGAGCUGCUGUGCCGGGCCGACCACGGCCUGCUGGUGGAGCGGGCCUCCGCCGGGAGUCCCCUCAGCCCGGCCGCGAGCGUCCUGCCCAGACCGCUUCACCUCUCAGAGCCGGUGUCGGUGGUCCGGCACCCUCCCCCGCACCGGGGCCACGUCCACAAGCAGUCGGAGAAGACGACGCGCGUCCGCACCGUGCUGAACGAGAAGCAGCUCCACACCCUGCGGACCUGCUACAACGCCAACCCGCGGCCGGACGCGCUCAUGAAGGAGCAGCUGGUGGAGAUGACCGGCCUGAGCCCCCGGGUGAUCCGGGUCUGGUUCCAGAACAAGCGCUGCAAGGACAAGAAGAAAUCCAUCCUCAUGAAGCAGCUCCAGCAGCAGCAGCACAACGACAAGGCUAAUUUGCAGGGGAUGACCGGUACUCCCUUGGUGGCCGGCAGUCCCAUUCGUCACGACAACACCGUGCAAGGGAACCCGGUGGAGGUGCAAACUUACCAGCCGCCCUGGAAGGCCCUGAGCGACUUCGCCCUGCAGAGCGACCUGGACCAGCCCGCCUUCCAGCAGCUGGUGUCCUUUUCCGAGUCGGGCUCCAUGGGGAACUCUUCGGCCAGCGACGUCACCUCGUUGUCGUCGCAGUUGCCGGACACGCCGAACAGCAUGGUGCCCAGUCCCGUCGACACGUGA